AUGGGGAUGGAAAAUAUUGUGGAGCAAUGGAAUAGAGGUGGCAGGCUGUACGACAUGUUGGUGGCCAUUAUGAAGACGUUGAAGCCAUUAUUCGUUAUCAUUUUAAGGAUAUACUGCUCUCUUGUUUGUCAUCUCUUCACUAUCAUUUAUCAUUUUCUGUCGAGAGAAGUAAUCAGUGCACCGCAAAAUAAGCUCCUCACAAUUAGUGCCACACAAGCUGCUGAAAAGAUACGAAGUCGAGAGAUAACAAGCUUCGAUCUGGUUGAAGCCUAUAUUAAGCGAAUCAAGGAAGUGAAUGGGACAAUUAAUGCGGUUGUUCAGAUGAACUUUAAAGAAGCAUUAAUAAAAGCUCAAGAAAUUGAUGAUAUGUUGGAAAGCCUUGAUACAAAUAGCGAGAAGUUCAAAAGUCUUGCUAUAAGAAAACCACUGCUCGGUGUGCCUUUUACUUUGAAGGAUUCUAUUGAAGCCGAUGGUUUAUACUGCACUAUUGGAAUAUCUUGUCGGAAAAAGUCCGUAAGCAGCAAGGAUGCGAUCGUUGUACAAAGGAUGAAGGAUGCGGGUGCAAUCCUUCUUGCGGUGACUAAUGUUCCAGAGGUGUGCAUGUGGUGGGAAUCGAUAAACGUCAUUUAUGGUCGUACCAGAAACCCGUAUGAUAGCAGACGAAUUUCUGGUGGUAGUAGCGGUGGUGAAGCUGCACUAAUUUCCGCUGCGGGUUCAGUAAUUGGGAUUGGUAGUGAUAUUGCCGGUUCAAUUCGCAUGCCUUGUUAUUUUAAUGGAGUUUUUGGUCUGAAACCGACUUCGGGUGUGAUACCAUUGGAGGGACAUUUACCAUAUCUAAAUGGAUAUCGUAUUGAGAAAAUGCUACUCAUCGGUCCUAUAUGUCGUUAUGCGGAAGAUUUGUCAAUUUUGUUAAAGGUCUUUGCGGGACAUGAAGGCAUAAAUUUGUUACGUUUGGACACUCCGUGUAAUAUGAAGAAAAUACGCGUUUUCUAUAUGGAAGGCCUGAAGAUACCGUUGGUGCAAGAAAUGAGUGAUGAAGCAGUUCGGUAUUUUGAAAUUAAGUAUGAUUUAUGCGCUACACGUAUAGAUCCACCACUCGUUCAUUACGCACUUGAAUUUUUCCUGACAAGUAUGGACGUUACAGAUGCUCCAAAAUUUGCGAUGCAUAUGACUGAUUUAAAGGCCAAUAUAAAUUGCUUCUUCGAAUUAUUCAAAUGGUUAGUGGGGAAAUCAGUACAUACAUUACCAGCCAUUGUUACUGGAAUUAUGGACGAACAUUUUACACCGUUCAAUGAGGAACAAAAACAAAAAUUAAGGAGUCAGCGAGAUCGGCUAAGCCGAGAAGUGGAAGAACUUUUAUCAGAUAAUGGUAUUCUGUUGUUCCCAUCGUUUCCAACUGAGGCACCUUAUCAUCAUCAGCCACUUUUCACUCCACUGAAUUUCGCUUAUACGGCUCUGUGGAAUACAUUGGCUCUUCCGGCUGUACAGUGUCCAAUGGGUUUGAACAAUCAUGAUAUUCCACUCGGUGUGCAAGCUAUCGGUGCACCAGGAUCUGAUUCAUUGUUGAUAGCAGUAGCUCAAGAUUUGGAGAAAGGAUUUGGUGGCUGGAAACCUAUAAAUAGCUAA